GGGUUCUUUCGGCGUCAUCGGGGCGCGCCGGGAGGCGGCGCCUGUCCUUGGGAAUGUCAGCUCGGAAGCGGCGGCAGCAGCAGGAGGGGCAGCCGCGGGCACUGGCACUGGCACUGGCACGUGGGCGCCUGCGGGGCUGUGGCGAGGUCGGCCGGGACUGGCGAUUUGCUUCUCUUUCUCAUGGCAGCCUCACCAGACCCACCGGCGUGGGGCACUGGCUUGGCAAGUUGGUGAUGAGCUGGCACCAGCUUUGGCAGGGCAGGCUGAGUGGUCGGAGCCUGGGGCCAUGCCGGAGUUCAUCUCAGCCACUCUGCUAGCCAUGGGCACCUCCCCAGUGAUGACCGAGGGCUGGUAACUGGUGCGACGGGACUACCCAGUGGCUCCUGAGAGCCGGCACUUUCCCGGAGGCAUUGGCUGAAGCUGUGCCAUGCCAGCAAUGAAGUUCGGCGUGGCAGAUUAUACCAUUUUUGUGCUGCUGUUGGUCUUCUCGGCAGGAAUUGGGUUGUUCUACGCCCUGAGUGGCGGGAAGCAGCGAACGGUUCAGGAGUUUCUGCUAGCCAAUCGCAGCAUGAGCUUCUUGCCUGUGGCCCUCUCCUUGCUUGCCACCUUCCAGUCUGCCGUGGCCAUCUUGGGCGUCCCCUCCGAGAUCUAUCGCUUUGGGACGGAGUACUGGUUCCUCGGCUGCUCCUACCUCCUGGGGCUGCUCAUCCCGGCUCAUGUCUUCAUCCCAGUCUUCUACCGCUUGCACCUAACCAGCACCUAUGAGUACCUGGAGCUGCGUUUCAACAAGGUAGUGAGGAUCUGUGGAACCAUCACCUUCAUCUUCCAGAUGGUAGUGUACAUGGGGGUCGUCCUCUACACCCCAGCCCUGGCUCUCAAUGCAGUGACAAACUUUGACCUCUGGGCCUCCAUUCUGACCAUUGGCCUCGUCUGCACCCUCUACACCUCCCUGGGUGGUCUCAAAGCCGUGAUCUGGACCGACGUGUUCCAGACAUUUGUCAUGUUCGCAGGGCAGGUGGCUGUGAUCGUGGUGGGCACUGUCAAGGUUGGCGGCAUGGGGCGUGUCUGGCAGCUGGCUGCUGAACAGGGCAAGGUGUCAGGCAUUGACCUGAAUCCUGACCCGUAUGAACGGCACACCUUUUGGACUCUGGCCUUUGGGGGUGUCUUCAUGAUGCUGUCUCUCUAUGGGGUGAACCAGGCUCAAGUCCAGCGUUACCUGAGCUCCCGCUCGGAGCGGCAGGCUGUGCUAUCUUGCUACGCUGUUUUCCCCUGCCAGCAGUUGGUGCUGUGCCUCAGUUGCCUCACCGGCCUGGUCAUGUUCGCCUACUACCAGGAGCAUCAGCCAACGCAGGAGCAGAGCAGUGCUGAAUCGGAUCAGAUGGUCCUCCACUUCGUGAUGGACGUGCUCCAGGAAGUGCCGGGCCUGCCGGGCCUCUUUGUGGCUUGCCUCUUCAGCGGCUCCCUGAGCACCAUCUCCUCAGCCUUCAACUCACUGGCAACGGUGACCAUGGAGGAUCUGAUUCGCCCUCACGUGGCCAGCAUCCCUGAGGGACGGGCCACACUCUACUCCAAACUGUUAGCUCUGGGGUAUGGACUCCUCUGCCUGGGCAUGGCGUACAUCUCCUCCAUGAUGGGUCCGGUCCUGCAGGCUGCCAUCAGUAUCUUCGGCAUGGUGGGGGGCCCGCUGCUGGGACUCUUCUGCCUGGGCAUGUUCUUCCCCUGUGCCAACGCUGUGGGUGCCGUCGCUGGGCUGGCUGCUGGGCUGGCCAUGGCGUUUUGGGUGGGCAUUGGGAGCAUGCUUGUCAACCUGCAGGCCACGUCCCCUGGGACCAUCCUUGCCCCCCUUGAUGGGAACCUGACUACCACUGUCAUGACGACGCUGCUGACCUCAUCAACGACCCCACAGAGGCUCACUGGGCUGCGUAAGUUCUACAACCUGUCAUACUUGUGGUACAGCGCACACAACUCCACCACCGUCAUUGUUGUGGGACUGCUGGUCAGUCUUCUCACUGGCCCCAUGCGUGGGGAGGAUGUGGACCCCCGUACCAUCUUCCCAGUAUUGCCACGCUUGCUUUGCUGUUUGCCCGCAAGGUACCACGACAGGCUGCGCUGUGGCGUCUGCAAACCUGAAGAGGAUGGAAGCUGCUCAGAUCCAGCCCCUCUGGCUGUGGAGAAGACCAGCAACGGCCUGCUGAAUGGACUGCCUGAGGGCCUGCUCCCCAGGGGUGACGCUGAGGGAGUGGAGCUGGCUGAGGGAGUUGUCCGGCCAGAUGGAGCUCAUGCCUACAUCUUGCGGGAGACGGCCCUCUGAGCCGGAGGGAGCCACAGGCUGACCGUGGGCAUCUGCCGGGGACUGCUUUCCGCUGCUCCAAGAGAGGAGCCCCAGGCGAGGAGGGUCCCAGCACAAAGAGCACUCCCGGCCCCUUCUCCAAGCCAUCUUGGCUCAUCAUGCACUGGGUCCCAGAUGAGCCCCUCCCAGGCAGCCAGACCUUGCAGGGGGGUCAGGUCAGACCACACCCCCUGGCAACGCAGGGUCCCCUUCUAGGGUCCAACCUGCUGCUCGUGCCAUACUGUGAAUGUGCCAAUCUAAGCACAGUAGGUGGCUGGCUGCCCGCCCUAACCCCAGCCCUGCCAUGAAGCACAGCUGGGCAUGGCAAAAGCCCCAUGACCCCCUCCUCUCACCCCAUUCACCCUCGCAGCUCAGAUCUCGGCAGCCCACCUUUCUCUGGUUCUUGUGGGCUCACCAAAGAAGCCACGUGGCCCAGAGAGCCUGCUGUGGGGGUAAACCGGGGGGGCUACAAUGUCAUUCCACUCCUCCUCCCGUUCCCCCUCAGACCAGAGGGAGGCGCUACACGGAGGAGAGCCAGACACACCCCAUUCCAAAGUCCUGCACUCCAGGCAGGGUGCUUUGGGGGCACAAUCAUUCCUCCAUCCCAGGCGGCUCCCAUCACCCCAUCUGCAGGCUCCUCUCUCCCCUGCAGGGCCUUGUCUGGGCAACACAUGGCCCCUUUCCCCUCCUCCGUUCUGUUUUUUGUACUCUGUAUUGUGUGUCUAUGAGAAGUUGUCUAUUUUCCUGGUCCUUGUUACUUGUCUUUCUGAUGCUCGGCAAUGAUUUUUGCUGCUGUUAAUAAAAAUGUUUAUUGUU